UUCAUGAACAAAAUACAGACAAUAUACACCAUGAUAUAGAGGACAUUCCAUGUCUUCGCACUCUUCACGGUAUUACUGCACUUGAUAUCAUCCGUAUCAGUUGUUCUUCUUCCUCCCUAUAAAAGCGAAACGGAACACAUCGUUCCCAUCCUCUCUUCCUCCCUCUAUUGACACAGAGAUAUGAAGAAGAGUACCAGCAACAUGAAGCUCUUCUACCUUCAAUCCUCACACCACAAGCCGACACCCUCUCUUUCGGGAGCCCGUCACCGCCUCUGCCUCGCGUCCGCUCUUCUUUCUUUCUUCACCUUCGCCUCCCUCCUCUCCCUCUUCUCCUUCUCCUCCACCACCACCACCACCACCUUACCUCCAAAACUCUCCUCCUCCGCCUCCGCCGCCAUCUCCCAUCACCCUGCCCUCCCGGCCCCCAUCUUCGACGCGCUCCUCUUCUACGCCACCUCCUCCUCCGCCCCCGGCCGCAUGGCCGACCCCGACCUCCGCGCGGCCGCCGACGUCCUCCGUCGGCGCGCCCCCUGCAACCUCCUCGUCUUCGGCCUCGGCCACGAGUCCCCGCUCUGGCUCGCCCUCAACCACGGUGGCCACACCGUCUUCCUCGACCACAGCGACCUCCACGCCUCCCGAUUCGAGGACAAGCACCCAGGCCUCCCGGGCCUCGAGGUCUAUGUUGCCGCCUUCCCCACCCGCGUCGCCGACCUCCGCCCCCUUCUCGCCGCCGUCCGCCCCGAGGAGGGGAGCCCCCGCGGGCGCUGCCGCCCCGUCCAGGACCUCCUAUUCUCCGAUUGCCCCCUCGCGCUCUCCGACCUCCCCAACCACCUCUACCGCCUCGCCUGGGACGUCGUCCUCGUCGACGGGCCCCCAGGCUACCGCCCGGAGGCGCCGGGGAGGGCCGCGGCCAUCUUCACGGCGGCGGUGCUGGCGAGGUCCGUCGGGGGAGAGGGGACGACGGAGGUGCUGGUCCACGAUCACGACAGGGAGUUGGAGAGGGUGUGCAGCGAGGAGUUUCUCUGCCUGGAGAACAUGGUAGGCUCCGCCGGGAACCUGGUCCACUUCGUCAUCCAUCGUGGCCUCGACGCCGGUGGCGGAGGCUUCUGCAGGAACCGCACCGCCACCUCCUAGGCGGAGGUGGCCCGAGGCCUAUGUUUAGAUUAAAAUUACCUCUUCCUUUUUUUUUUCCCUUGCGUUUAUCCUCUUCUUUUUCCUCUCUUUUCUGAAACAUAUUUUGUUAGCAUCUAUCUUCUAGAAGAUCUAAUGCUUCUGACCUCUAGGGAAUGGAUGGCUAAAACUUUAUGUGAUUGAUCAUUAAUUAAAUAAUUAAAAUUCGAAAAAGUGGUUUAGAAAGA